CUGCCGCUCCGCUGCCCGCAAAAUUCGAGGCCGAGGCCUAAGGCCUCGAAUUUUGCGGGCAGCGGAGCGGCAGCGGGAGCGGCAGCGGGAGCGGCAGCGGGAGCGGCAGCGGUAGCGGCAGCGGGAGCUGCAGCGGGAGCGGCAGCGGGAGCGGCAGCGGGAGCGGAAGCGGGAGCGGCAGCGGGAGCGGCUGCGGGGGCGGCUGCGGGGGCGGCAUCGGGAGCGGCAGCGGGGGCGGCAGCGGGAGCGGCAGCGGGAGCGGCAGCGGGAGCGGCAGCGGGAGCGGCAGCGGGAGCGGCAGCGGGAGCGGCAGCGGGAGCGGCAGCGGGAGCGGCAGCGGGAGCGGCAGCGGGAGCGGCAGCGGGAGCGGCAGCGGGAGCGGCAGCGGGAGCGGCAGCGGGAGCGGCAGCGGGAGCGGCAGCGGGAGCGGCAGGAUCUUACGCGUAUAAUCAAAUGGACCGACCCUCGAAUACAGCGGUGCCCGCUGCCCGCUAG